AUUACAGCGUUUGUUCUCGUCACGUGGUGUGUCUCCCCAGGCUGUGAUGGGCUGUUUGUUGGACUCAUUCCUGCAACAAAUAUCCACAGCAGCCAAUCCAAGUGGUUGUGACGUUUGGUGACGCGUCCAUCAGGCACCGCUCCCCCCGCCGGCUCGGAGGGGCGGAGUUAACCAACUUUCACACUGGUUAAGACAAACGAAGGAUAGAUAAUGUGUGUUAUCGGACCAGCUGACCCCUUGUGAGGGUUAAAGUGCUUUUUUUGUUUGUUUGUUUCGUUUAAUGUUCAUAUAGACCUGGCGCAGCAUCAAAAUGGUGAGUGUUUUUCUUCUUCUUCGCUUAAUGCAGCGUCAACGUACGCGCAGCUGUUCACCUGUUGCACCUGUUGUCGCUGACAGGUUGUUGGAAAAAGCUAAAAGUCUACCUGUGCUUUAUUUACCGUCACACUUACGCCUUAUGAAUCCCAUCUUUAUUAGCGUUAAAAUAGCUGUUUUUACUUCUGUGUGUAAGUUUUUAAGGUGAGUUUCUACAGUUUAGUGACAGUCGGAAGUAAGGUGUGCAUUUCCUGAACCGGCCCGCCCCUGCAGAACAGGUUUCGUCAAAAAAAACCUGCCCUGGUGGCAGUUCAACGCUUUUCAUAUCAAUUUGCAUACCAGACUCAGGUGACACACGCCUAAAAUACCUGUAGGGGAGAGUGGGGUAAGUUUAGCCAAAGGGUAAGUUGAGCUACCCCCAUGUUGCUUUGAAAUGGUAAAAGAAAUUGAUCAUAUGACCAAAUAUUUAGGAGAUGGGCAUCAAUUCAUGGAGCCUGUGAGGGUUAGAAGCACAUGGGUGAAGGGGUUAGACAUUUAUUUCCACUCUUGAAAGUGAAUUUAGUCUGUCAUAAGUUUUAUAAGAAUUGUGUUUAGACCAAAAAAGAUCAUUUUAAAUGUGUUUUAUACAUCAAUGGUGGUAUCUAUGAGCUACAACAUGAGGUCAAAAACCUAAAACAUAAAAGUCCACUAUUUUAGCUUAGAGGACUAAUAAAGUCAUCACAGCAGUUCCGGGGUAAGUUGAGCCAGUGACUCAACUGAGAGAGUAAAGGAGUCUGAUAAGAGGAUCAGAGUUUCAGUUCAGAUUGUUAAAAUGUGUGCAAUAAUAAAUAAUAUGCAAUAAUAAUAAAAAGAAUUAUUGUACCAGUUGAAUAGUGUAUAAACGAUAAAAUUACACAUGAAUGUGAAGAAAUGACUGUUAUUUAGGGAGAGAGAAGGUGAGGGAGGGCUGGGUGGGAAAUUGGGGGGUCGUAGGGACACGGCUCAUCUUACCCCGCUCCUAUGGUCAACUUACCACAUACACGGGGGAAGUUGACCAUAGGAGAACACUUUUUUUUUUUUUUUGCACGCUAUAUUAUCAAGACAGUUAUGUUUACACUCAUUCUGUUGGUUUUUAGGGAUGCACAACAUCUUGAAAUAUAUGCAGAUACACUAGUUAGAGACAAAACUAUGAUUGCCUCGAUGUAGUGAGCUGAAAUACGAACAACGGCUCAUCUUACUCCACUCUCCCCUAUAUUCAGUAGUUUUAAGCUGGCUGUAAUUUUAGUGCAAUAUAAAUAUUGGGUCAGUGCAAAAGUGAUUUUGAAAUCCAGAUCCAGCUUCUUAUUUUUAAUUGUACGCAUUUGUCCCAACCAAUUUUACUCCAACAUUUGCAAAGAAUUAAAAACUAUAAUUUAAUUUUGAUUUUAAUAUAAAAUCUUAAAGUUUUAUUUUCCACAGAUGCAGCAUGUGCAAUGAAAUAUCUGUGGAGCAGUAUUAUCAUCCUACCUACUCGUAUUUUAUAUCUAUCAUUUUGCUACAUCUUGAAAUAUAUGCAGAUACACUAGAUAGAGACAAAACUAUGAUUGCCUUGAUGUAGUGAUCCGAAAUAUGAAAAAUGGCUCAUCUUACCCCACUCUACCCUAUAGUAUAAUGUUUUUUUUUUAGUAUUUUGUCUUGCACCGUGCCAUUAAUUACUAUGACAUUCUCCCUAGAACACUUUUUAGAUAGAAGACAACAACAGCACCUACAAUAGAAAAGAACAAACUCUUGAAGUCCUUCUUUUUUAUAUUAGCUGUGCCACGCGACUUAACUUAAAAAUUGACCACUGCUCUUGUUGGUUUUCAAGAGCAGAGGAGCAAUGUUUUUUUUAGUAAAACUAUAUUCAGAAAAAAAUGAAAAGUUUUCCAAGCAUGUGCCAUACAAACAUCUUUUAUGCAAGGACUAUGAAUCUAAAGAAGGACAAACUCCACAAAUAAAGCCCUGCCCAUCCACUCAAACUUCUGGCUUCUCUUGGAUAAACAAUAAAAGGAAAACUUAAAGGAAAUAGUGCAUCAGUGUUUGUCAAAUACUGUAGGUGAAAGACAAAUGACUUCUCUAAUAUGUCGCCAAAUCUAUUUUCAAGCCAAGGAAGGAAAUGCUCUAAACAUCCGUUACUCAACUCCUGAAGACUGGCAAGGAAACCUCAAACUGUCCCUACCUCGAUUGUUUGAUGACCUUCACAUUUUUGCCUGCCCACUGAAGUUACUCUUUAAUGAGACUUUACAACCAUAACUGCAUGGGUGACCCUUUGUGCAUGUUAGAGGGCAGCCAAUAAUGUCCGUAUUUGCAAGUAUGCGUGUAAUGUUUGUAUAAAUCUCCACUCUGACCUUGCGCUAUUGUCCAUGCCUGGUAGAUGCGCUUCCUGCUGCUCUUCAGCCGCCAGGGGAAGCUGCGACUGCAGAAAUGGUUCACGCCCAUGACAGAGCGGGAGAAGAAGAAGAUCAUCAGGGACAUGACCUCCAUGGUGUUGUCACGGCAACCCCGCUCCUGUAACUUCCUGCACUGGAAAGACCUGAAGAUAAUUUACAAGAGGUGGGUGUUGCCUCUACUUGUUGGAUUAUCUAUCUACUUACUGAGCAGCAAGACCACCAGUCUUUCUCGUGUCUACAAUGAUGCCUGCUUGAAGUCUUGAUUUGCUACUCAAACAUAUGUUUAUUUAUGCUAUAAAAAAAACACUCUUGGUGUCACCUUCUCCUUAGGUAUGCCAGCCUGUAUUUCUGCUUGGCCAUAGAGAAUCAGGAGAAUGAGCUGUUAGCCCUGGAGGUCAUUCAUCGCUAUGUGGAGCUGCUCGACAAAUACUUUGGCAAUGUAUAACCUUGUGUUUUCCCUUCUUAUUAUUGAAUCCAGGUUUAGUCUGAAGUUUUGUAUUCAAAUGUUCCACUCUAAUUUAUUUACUUUACAGUAUUGUUUUGAUUCUGGGUACAUUGCACUGUUGAACAAAUGAUGGUUUUAUUGCCAUGUCUAACUUUCUCUCAUCUGCAGAUUAAAUCAUGGUAAAAAGAAAAUUCUCAACAUCUGUUUUAUGCAACAAGAUAUAGCCAUAGUCAAAUUGGAAAUUAAACUAAAUCUCCCUCUUCCUUCACUGAUCUCUGCAGACUACACUCUGCAACAUACAGUACACAACAAAACUGUUUGUAUUAAUUUAGUAGCAAAAAGGUUACAACUUAUUUGACACAACAGUUAUAAUAUAUACAUUAAAAUACAUACCAAUCAGCCAUAAGGUUAUGAGCACUGCAGGCUACAACCAGACCUGUUUGUAGGAUAUGUUAAAGGGAUAUUCCGGCGUAAAAUCAAUUUAGGGUCAAACACACUGUAACACCGAGUUAGACACCCCCUCGAGAGAUGAAUAUUGCCGACUGCUUGCUUCUCUUGUUAUACCAACUUUAGUAUCGACCACAUGAUAAUAACACAGAGCGGUCUGAGGAGCCAUAAACAAACCUCAACCAAAACGCCACUCUAUAGCCACAAAUAAUGCUCAGAACAGCAUCUAACUUCAUCAACAGUACAUAUAGGGUCCAAGCCAAAACAAACAUCUUUUUAACUUUGCCUAAUUUCUUUAGCAAAGAGACUAAACACAACUCACCUACUCUCUUCCAGCAGCUUUGUUUGUAGCAAGACCUCAGGCCAGUCCAUGGACUGCUGCGGGGUGACGCAGCUCAAGGAAGAACAUUUAUGAUAAUUUCUUCAUGGAAAUGCAAUCAGACCGAGAUGUUAAGGCAGAAAAACUACUACGUCUGCAGUGCAAAAUGAUUAAUAUGGUGAUUAUUACUUCAAGGAAAUGAUAAAGAAUGAUAAAGAGGGUGUCCAACUCGGUUUUACGGUGUGUUUGACCCUAAAUUAAUUUUACACCGGAAUAUUCCUCUAAGCUACACUCAUUACUCUACAGACAGUCAGUCUGACUGUUCAUGCUCGAAGCUAUUACAAUGUGCACAAGGGCAUCAAACCUGGACCACUGAGAAAUACAAAAGGUGGCCUUGAGAAACAAGACGGUAUUGACUUGGUCUCCAGCCCUCAACCCAUUUGAGCUUCUGUGGACUGUGCCAAACAAGAAGGCCCUACCUUUCAAUUUAUAGGACUUUCAAAACCUGUCUCAAAUGUGCAAGUAACCAAAACAAACCUUCCUUGAUCUAGUGGAGUCCAUGUCUUGUCAAGUCAGAGCUACUUCACCUCUGACCUUAAAAAAAAAAAGUAUCCACCCAUGUUAGGCAGGUAGUCAUAAUGUUAUAGCUCAUUGAUUUAAGGACUUAGUGUUGUAUGUGUAAUCAUAUAGUGUUGUUGAAAACUUUGCAAAACUAUGCCUUAUUAAUUUUUAAUUAUUAAUUCAAGUGAUUUUUUCAGAAAACUGUCUUAAUUAAAAGAAAAUCUCAACUAUCGCCAUCAUACCUCCUCCAGGUGUGUGAGCUGGACAUUAUCUUUAACUUUGAGAAGGCCUAUUUUAUCCUGGACGAGUUUCUAAUGGGCGGAGAGAUACAGGAAACCUCCAAACAGACGGUGAACCGCUCCAUCGAAGCUUCCGACAUGCUACAGGAGGUGAGAUGUGUUCGCACACGCCCUCAUGCACGACAAACACAACACACACACAACACAAGGUGUGGCUUUUUUGCAUCUGUGGUGUGAUAAUGUAACGUGUUGCAUGGCUGUAGUGUCAUAGUUGACAAGACAUUUUUCGUUUAAAAUCUUGUGUGUGGGGGUUUAAAUAUCUUAGAUUGAUAAGCUCUUCUCAUGAAUCAAGCUCCAGUAUGUUUGAUAGUAGUUAGUGUCAUGAGAUCAAUUAACAGUGGUGCUGCUGAGUCCCCGGUGUGCCUGUCUGUUCUGUGGCUGAUAGGCUUCUGAUUAGCUGACGCUCCUUUUAUUUAUAGAGUUGUGUCCAUGCUUCUGUUUCUUCCCCCUUUCUGUGUAUAUAUAUGUGUGUGUCUCUCUCUCCCUGUGCCAUUGUUGCUGCAAGUGAGAGACGGAUUUCCCUGGAUCGUGGUGUAGGUUUAGGGUUUGGCUGAUGCUUCUAUUCCCCCCCCCCCUCCCCUCUGUAGGUCCUUGGCUCUGUGUGGUACGGUCAACUGGGGUUUGUUCUUUUGUGCUUCUGAGCAGGGCUGACUAACACUUUUAAAAUAAGAGCUGGACUGUGUGCAGCGUAGCCUUCUCAUUCGUUUGACUUUGACUAUUAUCGCUUCAGGAUGACAGCAGUGAGUGGUAUGAGGUGGAGCUGUUUGGAUGACCGUGAAUAUGGACAGACAGGUUAGAUGUUGUGCUUGUGUUAGUCACGUACCUUGUGUUGGUGUGCUCUGCAUUCAAUAGCAGGUGAUGCUUGUGCUUGUGCAUAUCAAUAGUGUUUAAAUGUGUUUUUUAACAGGCUUAUAACCUAAUUUUUUGCUUUGUUUUGCCUUCUUUCAGACCAUGGAGGAGUAUAUGAGCAAACCAGCAUUUUAACCAAACUGGGAGAAAGGACUUUAGAUAAAAGCAGGGAGGAAUUCAGGAGCCAAACACACAGUUCAUGAAUCACAGACGUUUCUGAAAAAAACAAAAACAAGGAUGAACUCUGAUACUACUGAACAUUCUCAAGAGAAGACAAAUUUAAUGUCUGCUUGUUGUCUGCCUGAAGCAGUAAGUAACUUUAUUUGAGAGCAAGUUAAAUGUUUGUUCAUAGAUGUGCACUCAAAAUUAAGAAGGGAGAGGGUUUCUACUUUGAUUGCCGUUUUUGAGUUUGAAUGAAGUAGCAAUAGAAGAUCAGGGUUUGAAAAUAAGUAUGAAGUCAAUUACAUUUUUAAUUGUUGAAGAUGCAAAUGUGUUUCCUUUUGUAUUUAAGCUAUGUUUAAAUAUUUAUUGGCAGGGAAUGAUUUUAUUCUUAGAAAACUAUAAAUUGAUUGUUUAAAAUACAGUAAACAUAUUAAAAAGUGAUUCUUUUUGAUUCCAGUGUAAACAAAGACAAGACUUUGCUUUUAUACCGUCAAACAACACAACUCUGAGUGAAAUUUUCCUCCUGUUUGGAAUUUGUGUCACUAACUAUUACUCAUUUAAAAAGCAGUUUCUAGUGUGGGUGUGAAUUUUGAUGCUUUUUAUACAUGUACAAUUUAUGAUGUUGAGUCUUACGAAUAAAAACCUAUUUUGAUAAACAUUCGGCCCCUGAGUUAUUAGUCAGUAUUUGACGUACUGUAAUAAAAGAACACCACAAAACCUUUUAUAAAGAAACCUAAUUAGAAAUGUAUUUAUAUCUCCCUAUUUUCACUACUGAUAUUAAACCCAGCAUGGCUCCAUUCAUGGUGUAUAGUGCAUUUUCAAUAAGGCAACACAACUCAGCAAGAAGAAAAAUAAUACAGCUGAUGCUUUAUUCAUCUGUGAUUCAUCACACAUUAUUGAACAUGUACAAAAUGGUUUAAAAAUGAGCAUACAUUGCACAACCACUGGUAGGCCAACGAUACAGAGCUUUGCAGUAUGAAAGGGUUGGAAGGCAGGCAACAGUCUGCUGUUUAGACUUGGAAAUAAUUACCCAUAAGAAUAACAUUAAAUCCACUAACCCUGAAUAUAUCAAGAGCCACGGCAACACUCGACCUCAUUCAUGAUCAAAUCUUUCACAAUGUUCCUGUACUUUUCCUGUCGAUAUACUGUGUGAUUAUGUUUACAGGCCCAGUCUGCGUUAUACUCAACGGAUAUAUUCACAUGUGUCAUAGUUAGAUGAAAAUAAGUGUUUUUACCAAUACUUGGGUGAUUAUAGUUGAAAAUAUAGGCCCACAUCUGCUGUUUACAAACAACAUUAAUGUAAACAAACCUUCAACAUCAUCACAAAACUUUAAUAACUUCAGUUUCCCUUAGUGAUAUUAUGAUUUAACCAAUGCAUUCAUCAGCAAUUAGAUGACAGACAGGUUUACAUCCAAUCAAAGUGUUUCGAAGAUGUCGAUUUUUCUGCAUUGAUUGCACCUUUAUCUUUCUAUAAUGUUCUUGCAGCAAGUAGGGACUUUUUUAAAGUGUUCGUUUUCAUAAGGAUGACAGUAUAAGCUAAAACUCUAUAAUAGAAAUUUGUAAACUAGAACACGUCCACCAAACUUUAUUUUUGAGACUGUAUAAACACUAUAUUGUGAUUUUUCCUGCGUCUUGCAAGGCUACAUCCCAGCCACUGUUUUUUCACGGUGUUCCUUCCCGUCCUCCUCUUCUUCAUUGACGGUCUGUGGAGCGGACGUCUUGGCCGUUACCUCCUCUUUCCCCUGCAUCUCUGUGGGGUUUAUCUUCUCCUCCGUGGCCACCUCGGUCUCCCUCUUGGCUACCUGCCUCUCAGCGUCCGCUUGCCCCAAGUAGUCCUUCAAGGCCCGCUCGUACAGCUCGUAGGGGAACUGGCCCUUCAGCUGCGCCUGGGUGUCCCUCUUUGCGAUUGGGUUUGGGUACUCUGUGAGGAUCUUCGCCGCCAGGUAGGUGGUCACUUCAUCUUCAACAUCUCCAUCGUCGUCGUCCUCAUCAGCAGCAGCCGCCUGGCGCUUCAGGGGCAUUUUGUUGAGCUCGGAUAAAAACAGGUUCUCCCUGCGUCCAGAUGGAGGAGGGAUUUUGAUAGGACCUGAAUUUGCUGCAGGAUUUGCCGCCGCGGCGAUUCUAUCCGAUGGGGUCUUCAGGGGUCUCUGCACCACAGGGUACUCGUUACUGAUGGUUUCCACGCCAAUGAUAUCCAAAAAGUCUUCUCUGUCCAUGUCCUCAUUGGCGGGCUUGCUCUUCAGCGGCAGUCUGCGGCUGAAGUACCGGAUCUUCGGGGUCUGGCUGGCGGUGUAACGAGUGGGGGUGUGAGGGUCACGGUGGAGCUUCCUGAGCUCUUGUGUGAGCAGCAUAUCGAUGAGGUCCUGCGGGGGCACAUGAAGCUUCAAGGAAAGCUCCAGCAGCUCUUUCACAGUCCGGGGAUCCACGAUGGAGGGGCGGAUGAGUCUCUUCCUCUGCUCUCCAGUCUUGUCCCUCUUCUGGGUCUGGUCGCUCAUCUCAAGGACCUUCAACAGGUAGUAGUCCACGAGUUUGGUGUCAUCGUCAGCCUCCUCUUGGUCCUGACUUGCCCUACGCUGUAUCUCCUCCCUCUCUGCCUCCUCCUGCUCUCCAAGCGCCCUGUCCAUCUCCUCAUGGCUCCCGUUCUCCAUCUCCUCUGUCUCCUCUCUCUCCUCCACGGGGACCCACUCCUCUCCUCCGGCCACAUCUUCAUAGGCCUGGUUCCUCAGGCUGAUCCCCUCUUCUUCCUCUUCAUCUUCGUCCCCGAACACGUCUCUCUUCUGGCCACCGACGGAAGGCAUCCUCCCUAACUCCUCGAAGAUUGAGCGCAAAUUGGCGAGGCUCUGGGGUGUGUACUGCUCAUCCAGGUCCUCCGUGGCUCUCUUGGAGGCGUCAGUGUUCUCCUCAUCCUCAAACAUAAGCGGGUACUUUUUGUGGGGUCUGGGGAAAUUGCCGUAGUCUGCCGGCGCGCUCUCGGGGACCUCCGUUUCUUUGGUGCGGUGCCUGUGUGUGCGCCGGUCGUUCCUAGGCGCCGACGCGGGGGUGAGCUUCGUCUCCCUCCCAGCCUGAUCCUGCAGAGACCUGAGCAGGGCUUUCAUCAGCUGUUCAGCGGUUAUGUCCUGCCUCUGCUGCUGCACGGCGGGGGCAGGCUGACGGUCCACGGGAGCCUCGUCCUGCUGUGAGGCGAGCUGGAGCAGGACCCUGAACUUCUCGACUUCAUCGUAAUCCGCGGGUUCGGGUCGGCCCCCGUUCCGCUGCUUAAGGUUCUCAAUGUACUCCAGGGCUUUCAUCAUGUCGGAGCUGGGCUGGAAGGCAGCCGACUGCCCCUCACUUUCCCCUCCUCGGAGCCUGUAGCGGCGGGGGAGAGACGCAGCCUGCACGGCGUAUCCAUGGAAGAGGAAGGCGAGCAGGACCAGGGCUCCCCCCGCGGGCAACUUGUGGUGGAAAUGCAGCAUUAUAGGCUUUAUAUUACCUGAGGAUCAAGAAGGAACAAAAUGUUACUGAAGAACCUCAACACAAUAACACAGAAUCCAAGAGAACUCUGCUUCUGCUAAAUGAGACUAAACCCUCAUGAAAGCAACGAGUCUGUUUUGAUCGUGGAUUUGUACGCUAUCAGGGAGUUUCGCUCCGCAAAUUGAAAACGAUGUUGCGUGCGUGGAGAUGCAUUCACAUCACAGGAUGAGUCACUCCCCGCGUUGUUAUGGGCAACCUCAGCAUCCUAUUUCCUCUCAACGACACAAACCGUGAUCAAAAAGCAUCCUUUGACGUUAUUUCUCUUUGGUUACGACUAAUAACCACCAUUGUUGAUGGUGCGUUUGUGCGUAUUGAUAACGUCCAUUGUUACAUGGCGCUAUAAAAUCUGCGUAAAGCGAUGGUUUCGAACACCAUCCUCUUAUCGACGAUUGUAUGAUUUCCAAUAUGAGCUUAAAAAGAUUAAACAAGUUCGACAUCUUGGUCUUACCUUUGGCAGUAAAGCUCAGACAGCAGUGAAGGUGUAUAUCAUCUCCUCAGUGGCGGUCUUGUUCUCCUCUGUUUUCAGCACUUGGACAGCUCCCCCUGGUUAUAUGAGGAGACACCUGACCAGCGCGUCAUCACAGCGCACACGCAAGAGCCGCUCCGAAAAAAUCCAUAUAAAUGAUUCAGGUUUAUGAUAUGGCAUACUAAAAAACCUCGCUGGUUUAAAAAUAGUCCUACUUUGCUGUCUGUUACCCGGCGGAGAUCUGUAAAAGCAUAUUGACUGGAAGACGCUUUCAAAGCCUGGAGGCAGAAGUAUUGACUGCAAAAGCAGGUCUCAGACGGUGCGAUAUGUUUAUGUUCACAUUCACCCAUCAGAGGAGGGAAUCUAUUAGCCUGCUUUUGUAUAAAACACUCAAAGGAAGCCCCAAUUUAUAUAGCAAACAUCAGUAAUUGGGAUUAUUUUGUCCUAACAUGUAUAUCAGAUUGUCUAGUUAUACUAACAUGUCACUAAAGGUGGUCUUUUCUUGCACAUCUACCAAAAUAUUUCGCAGUUUUGUAACAUCAACAAUCGCUCCCUGCUUGGUAGAUGAAGAGUUAACCCUCCAGCGAUGACUCACACACUAAAUUCACCGCGGAGUUGCUGUCGCAGUUUUGCAGCCCUCUCUCUCUCACACACACUCUCUCUCUCUCUCCCUCUCUCUCACUUUGACGGAGACAGUGAUAAACACCCUCCUGUCGACUGGGGGCCAAAGCUCCAGCAUUCCGCAGGUCAACUAGAUGAAGGUGCCACAGCAUGGCACAUGACGAUGAGGGGAUCAGGUGUGGUCGAGUGACUAAGUUUACAGUGAGAUGAGAGGUCAUAUUGGUUUACCACCAAAAAAAAACAAAGAGUCAGUUGGGCUCUUAUAAAAAGAUAGCAUCAUAAAUAAUAAGAUGUUGCAUUUUUAAGCAUCACCCAAAAUAGCUCCCACCAAAAUAAGAGCACCAUAGAUUAUCUGGGCAUGACUGGUUCAGUUUUAAUUACCGCAGACAAAAUAAUGAGUUUAUUCCCCUUCAAAAAUCUAAGGUGAUAUUAUUCAAAUCUAGUUUUUAGUCUGAAUUGACAGGUCUGUUUUCAUAUAUUAUUUUCUCCAGUCUUGACCCAUGGACUUAUUCAUAUCUGAUCCAUACACUAAUGUAACGUGAAGGUUCGAUGUAAGGUGGUUGGAUGAUUCUAAUGAUGAGAAACAGCAGGAUGGAGACAGGUAACUUUCCUAACAGCACUUUUACUGUUCAUAUAGUGACUAGGAACGAAAACAAAGUCACUGAGAGGCUAAGUGAGGGAGCUUCCGCAUUGGUGACUCGCUACACAAACCACAAGCCAUUUCCGUGUUUUCCGACUGAGUUCACAUUUAUUUCCAACGCCGCACAAACAGACAGACAGGGCAAGGCAAGGCAAGAUGAUCUAUGGGCUUAGUUUGAUGUUUAAAUCAAGCGGUCAACAAAAAAUACGCUCUCCCUACUCACCCCCUCUCCAUGCAGCCGCCGCAGCACCCAGGUGACUAUAUGUCCAUUCAUUCAAUCAUUCAAUCAUCGCGCCUUGACCACACCCCCUCGUGACGUGCAUGAAAGGUGCAGCCCAGACAGUUGAUGUCAACACACACAAACCUAACCACUUCUGCAUAUGGCACCUACAACCCAGCCCCUAAUUAUUACCAUUAUAAUAAUUACACUAUGACAAAUAAACGAACCACGAAAUCCACCAAUGUUCUUGUAAUAGUCCAUCAAUACAGUUCAUCAAUGUGCUCUUCUUCCUGGAACACAAGUCAAGUCUAGCCAAGUUCAAAAGUUCAAAAGUUCAGACACACAGCUUCACGGAGGAAAGUCAUGUCGUGCUGUCGGUCAGUAAAGUCAAUCAAACUAUCCUUCCAGAACGGAAGAGUCAGGCAUCCGAUUCCUGCAGAAGACAGACUUUGGUUAUGGGCCUUUCCAAGGAGCUGGUCUUGGUCUUGAUCUGCAGCCGUCGCACAAAUCCUCUUCUGUCUGGGAAGGUUUGGAUAACCCUUCCCAUGACCCACGAGUUCCGUGGUGCUGUUUCAUCCACAAUAAGCACAACGUCCCCUUCUACAAAGUUGCGCUUGAUACCAGUCCACUUCUGACGUUCCUGCAACUGUGGCAAAUACUCCUUAGUCCAUCGCUUCCAAAAUAAAUCAGACAUGUACUGGACCUGCCUCCAGCGUCGAUGAGCGUAGAUGUCAUCUCUUUGAAACUGCCCAGGUGGCAGGGAAGGAGAGGUUUUCAACAGCAAGAGAUGGUUAGGCGUCAGAGCUUCGAGGUCGUUAGGGUCGGUUGAGGCCUUAGUAAUUGGACGGCCAUUAAUGACUGCUUCCACCUCACAGAGGACAGUGUGCAGUCCCUCCUCGUCCAGAUUUUGAACUUUCAAGAUGGAGUUCAAGACCUUGCGCACUGAUCUGAUCAACCUUUCCCAGGCACCACCAUGGUGCGAUCCAGCUGGGGGGUUAAAAAUCCAUUUCACCUCCUUCUGAAGAAGAACACCAUUUAUCUGAGCUUGAUUCCAACCUCUGAUAGCCUCUCUCAGCUCACGUUCUCCUCCAAUAAAGUUUGUUCCAUUGUCUGAUCGAAUUUCUUGGACUUGGCCACGUCUUGCCAUGAAUCGUCGUAGUGCAUUAAUAAAGGCGUCUGUAUCCAGCGAAGGAGCCACUUCGAUAUGAACAGCCCGUAUUGCCAAACAGGUGAACAUGACUCCAUAUCUCUUUACAAUGCUCCUCCGGCUCUUAACCUCGAAUGGUCCAAAGUAGUCCACACCGACUCUGGUGAAUGGAGGUUCGUCUGGGCAGACCCUGUCAACAGGAAGAUCAGCCAUCAGCUGACACCCUGGGGCAGCUUGCAACCUGCGGCAGACAACACACUUUGACAAAAUUCUCCUUAUGGCUGUGCUGACCCCAGGAAUCCAGUAUCUUUCACGUAGUUUGGACAACAUGUAGUUGCGUCCUCCAUGACCAACUUGUUGAUGUAUGUGUCUCAGGAGAACGUCUGAAAUGUGGAGCUCUUUGGUCAGAAUGGCAGGGUGUUUUGCGUCUUCAGGUAAGGCUGCUCGGCUCAACCGACCACCAACCCUCAGGAUACCAUCCUCCAACACAGGAGCGAGCUUGAAGAUGUGACUUCUCCUUUUCACACUUUCGCCCUUCUGCAAACUAGAGAGUUCAUCAGGAAACCUCUUCCUCUGACAAAACCUGAUGAUUUCCUUUUCAGCUACCUGCAACUCGUCUACCGUGAGGAAACCUCUCGGUGCCAGGUCUUUGAACCCUCCUUUUCCAAGCUCCGAGGACGGUCUUUGUUGUUUCCCUGACUCCGACUGAGUGGACGCAGAGUCAGUCCAUGUCCUCUUCUGGCUGAGACCCCGCAGCAUGUUUUUUAGCCUGAGAAACCAAGCCACAGCCCUUCUCAGAUGGGUCCAAGAGGAAAAAUGAUGGAUUAGUUGAGUGGUUGCAUCCACAUCCUCUGAGGCCUGCACUGCAUUCACUGCCACACUGGCCUUGACUUCUGGAUCGUUCAGCAGGAGUUCGCCCAAGCAAUCUGGACUCACAGGCCAGUCUCGUUCAGGUUGCAGGAGAUAUGCAGGUCCUGACAACCACGCCUUGUUCCUCAGGAACAUGUCAACCCUCAGUCCCCUGGAGGCCACAUCUGCAGGAUUGCUUAGGGUGUUUACAUACUUCCACUGCGAUGGAUCUGACACUUUGAGUAUUUCUGCUACCCUGUUGGCGACAAAGGUACGGAACCUGGAAGUCUCAUUCCUGAUGUACUUCAGCACAGAGGUGCUGUCAGUCCAAAACGUUGACUCUAUUAAUGACAUGUGCAACUCCUUUUUCCAAAAGGUGUCCAGACGGCUUGCCAUUGUAGCAGCUGUGAGCUCCAUGCGGGGUAUUGAGACCGGCUUCAAAGGAGACACCCUGGACUUUCCCAUGACAAAGCUGCUGUGCAUCUGGGAACAUGCAUUCCGCAGGAGAAGGUAGGUCACUACACCAUAACCAUUAUUACUUGCAUCUGUAAAAUGGUGCAGUUGCGCCACAGUGACCUCACCAAAGUCUGGGGGUUUAAGGCACCGCGAAACCUGGAAGUGCUCUAACUGAUGGAGCUCCUCUAACCAGCUCGUCCAUUCCUGUGCAGCUGAUGGUGGUAUAGGGUCAUCCCAACCGAGUCUUUGCCUACACAGCUCCUGCAGGAUGAUCUUGGCAGAAAGAACAAUGGGACUCAAGAUUCCUAGAGGAUCAUAUACUGAACUGAUGACAGAGAGGAUCCCCCUCCUUGUCAGGGGCCUGUCCUGCACCAGGAUUCUAAACUUGAAGACAUCAGACUGGAUGCACCAUUGCACCCCGAGCACCCUCUCCACUGGUAGCAGGUCAUGGUCCAAAUCCAGGUCCUUCAUGCCCUUAGCUCUUUGGUCCCCUGGAAUUGCUGCCAUCACUGCACGGCUAUUGCUCAUCCAUUUGGUCAACUUAAAGCCUCCUUUGGCACAUACAGAGACCAGGUCAUGAUACAGUGCCACUGCUUCUUCCUCACUGGCCGUCGAUACCAGACAAUCGUCCACAUAAAAGCAGUGCAGAAUCCUCUCAAUGGUCUCUCGGCAGAACUGUUCUUCAUUGUCCUUAGCACAUUUCCUCAAUGCAA